UUACCACUUGUCUACUACAGAUUACCUUCUGUUUUAGAUGUUCUGUGGCACCACUUUCCAAUACAGGGUGCAUCAGAAAACCUGAUCAUGUCAUUAGAGCGAGUUGAAUGAAAACAAAGGUGUCCUCUGUUGAAGCAGUUGGAGCGUUUGACAGCACUUGUAUCAGUCAGUUGACGUUUUAAAAUGGCUGAGUUACUAUCUGUUCCGUUAAAAAAGCCUUCAGAAGUUGAUCUUGUGAAACCGUUAAAAAAUCUAAUUCAAUCGAGAUACAGUACCGCCGAUAAACCUGAGGAUUAUUCCGAUGCCAUAAAUGAAUUAUCAAAGCAAAGAAACACCGCUAUUUGGAAGGUAUUUGAAAAAUAUGAGAGUUCACUGGAAAUUAUUUAUGGGUAUUACGAUCAAAUUGUCGCGUUAGAAAGCAAAAUACCAGCCCAAGAGUUGCAGGUGCCAUUCAAAUGGAAGGAUGCUUUUGAUAAAGGGUCAAUAUUUGGUUCAAGAAUUAGCCUGACUGUUUCCUCAUUAAGUUAUGAAAAAGUUUGUGUAUUGUUCAACAUUGCGGCUUUACAAAGUGCUGUUGCUGCCCAGCAGAGCAUUGAAAAUGAUGAUGGACUCAAACUGGCAGUUAAAUUGUUACAGCUUUCAUCCGGUAUCUUUCAACACUUGAAAAACCAUGUCAUGUUGUUAAUUCAACAAGAUCCUACUCCAGAUUUGAACCCAGACACCUUGGGUGCCCUGUCCUCUCUGAUGCUUGCCCAGGCUCAAGAAAUGUUUGUCCAUAAAGCAAUACAUGAUAAUAUGAAGGAUUCAAUAGUCGCCAAAUUAGCGUCAGCCUGUGAAGAUUUGUAUGCAGAAUGUCUUAAAACAUUUCAAAGAGAAAAUUUGAAGAGUAUUUGGGAAAAGGACUGGGUUCCAAUGAUUGCAGGAAAGCAAGCUGGUUUUAGUGCCAUUGCAGAGUUUUACCAAAGUCUUAUUUGUAAAAAUGAAAAGCUCAUUGGCGAAGAAAUUUCUAGAUUGACGCGAUCAGUAGAACUCUUUAAAGCGGCCCAACAAAGAUCUGGCAGACCAAAUUUGUUUGAAGAAUUAUGUGAUAAAGCUGAGAGAAAUCUGACUUCAGCAAAAAAAGAUAAUGAUUUUAUCUACCAUGAAAGAAUUCCAGAUAUCAAAUCUGUUGAGCCAAUAGGAAAAGCACAACCAGCUAAGGCUUUGCCAGUGCCCCAUCCAAUGAGUCAAGGUUUCAGAGACUUAUUCUCCGAGUUGGUGCCUGUUGGAGUCCACCAAGCAUUGGCUGCUUAUGAUGUGAGAAAAACGGAGAUCGUCAAUACAGAGAUCACCCGUCUUAGGGAGUCUACACAGGAGCUUAAUGGACUGUUAGCAAGCAUGAAUUUGCCAGCUGCCAUUGAAGUUACAGAUUCUGCAAGUGGAUUGCCACCAUCCAUUUUGGAAAAAGCUAACAUGGUUAGCCAAUUGGGAGGCAUAAAUGAAUUGCAAAGGAUAUCUUCAGAGUUGCCUGAUCUUCUAAAGAGAAAUCAGGAUAUUUUGGAUGAGACGGAUCGAAUGUUGAACGAAGAAAAGCAGGCAGAUGAUUCGCUCAGACAGCAGUUCAAGGCCCAAUGGACACGCACCCCGUCCGAAAAACUUACGGAUAUGUUCCGCAAUAACAUUGCUAAAUACAGACAGAUAAUCAACAACGCUGUCGAAGCGGAUAAGGUGGUACGUCAGAAAUUUGAGUCGAACCGCAAUGGCAUCCAAAUUCUGAGCAAACCUCCCGCCGAGAUUGAGGCUGCUUUGCCACAUGGACCAUCAGGAAAUGUGGAGAAUUCUUCUGCUGUAGUCGCCCUCAGACAACUAAUGGAAGAGGUGGAGACAAUCAAAGCAGAACGUGAUGUUAUAGAAUCAGAGCUUAAGAGUGCAACAACUGAUAUGAAAGAUGUAUUUUUGACAGCCUUGGCAAAAGAUGGUGCGAUCAGCGAAGCUCCUAUAUCAGUAGAAACUCUUGGCAGGGUCUAUGGACCUCUGCAGAAACAGGUCGCUGAAAGCAUUGAAAAACAAGCUAGUUUGAUAAGUAGGAUUAGGGAGGCCCAUGCCCAGUUCACUCAGGAAAGUGGCUCCACUGCUGGAGGUAGAGAGACGAUGAUGUGUGAACUAGCAGCCGCCCAUGAUGCUUUCAGGGACUUGCUCAAUAAUUUGAAGGAGGGCACCAAAUUUUAUAAUGACUUGACACAACUUCUGGUAACUUUCCAAAACAAAGUCUCAGACUUUACCUUCGCAAGGAAAACAGAAAAGGAAGAACUUCUUAAAGAUUUAACUCAACAGACUAGUAGAGCUGGUCCAGCCCCAACUCCAACACAACCCUCAUACCACUCAGGGAGCCAGGAUGGACAACCGAGUACACCUUCAGUUCCAAGUUCAGCGCCUAGUCCUGCGACAACCACUAGUGGGUCAUUGCCAUACCCCGUUUAUGUGCAAGGCAUGCCGGUGCCGUAUGGCGCUUCAGGUUCCGCUCCUUACCCGUCAUACGUUCCACCGCCAAUGCCCCAAGGCUACAAUCCAUACGGAACGAUGCCCUAUCCGUCUACCUACCAGUAUCCUGGAGGGUUCCCACAGAAUCCAGGACAAUUUCCACAGGGUUAUCAACAACCUCCUCCAGGUUCUUAUCCACCACAGCAAGGGCAUCCCAAUUAUCCACCACAAAAUCCGUGGUAAAUGGCAUUUAUAUGUUAACUGUUAUUCGCUUUUAUGUUGUAUUAUAUUCAAUCAAAUUUAACUUUAAAUUACUUAUGCUUUAGAACAAGUUAUUAUCAAUAUAUCAUGUAGAAAUAUAAAUUGUUGUACUAAUAUAUAGUGCCUCUUAAUCUUUAUAUAUUUUGCAUUACGACGAAUAAAUUUUAUUAACGUUUAAGUUUUA